GCGAUGGUCUGACAAGUGGAUCCAAGAUGGCGUAGAAAGUAAAGCUAGACGUUUUGUCCCUGAGUCAUGGCGGACAGGAGAGCGGAGAAGUCAUGUGAAGAAGCCGGCAGGUCGUUAGUUAAGCGGGAGUACGAGGCGGCGGUCAGCCACAGCACGGACGCCCUGGUGGUCCUCGCACCGCAAGUCGAACCUUCUGGCGCACCUUCCGGCGCCCCAGUCCCAUCGAGCCCUCCAUCCCUUGUUGCUGCCGCCGGACCCCUCCGCAGCCGGGCCCUGCUCUAUCGAAUUGCUGCCUUCCUACAGCUGAAAAACUAUGAUGAAGCAGAUGAAGACUGCAAACAUGUCCUUGCAGAAGAGAUUGCCAGAGGGGACGGUUCGCUACAGGCCAGCUUGCGCUUCAUGCUGGUGGAUGGCAGCCUGCAGGAGGUCGCAAGCAUCCUCUCUAAGGCCUUGUAUGGGGAGCCAAUGAAUGGCAUUGUCACAAAAGAUCUUACCAGAUUAAAAAUGCUCUUCUCAGAAAUCGAGUCGAUAAAUAGGGAGAUGGCACCUGAAUACAAAGAGGACCAGGACGAAGAGUUCCAAGAUGGCUGGCAAUUCCGGCCUCCUCCCCGAGGAGUUACCAGCAGUGAGGAAUACACGCUGUGUAAAAGGUACUUGGAGCAGGGUCUGUGUCGGUACGGGGCCCAGUGUACAUCGGCCCAUUCUCUGGAGGAGCUGAUGGAGUGGCAGAAGCGCUAUGCGUCGCGCCUCAUCCGCCUCAAACAGCACCAGGAGAGCAAGAACUUCACCGAGAACUACAUGGAGAACCUGAUCGAGAAGUGGAUGAAUUCUCUCUCCCCAGAGAAAGUGCUAAGUGACGAUUUAGAAGGAGUGACUGUAGAAACCAGCUCCAGCCUCUCUGUUACCGUCGCCACCAAAAAAUAUGCACAUUCCUGGACCUUCUCCUUCUUGUGCAAGCCGGCUAGAAAGCUGUUCCGCAUCGCCCUGCUCUAUGAUGCCCACCGCCCACACUUUUUCAUCACGGAUGUGUCAUCUGGGGAGCGGCUGCAAGCCCUCCCUAACGGGUGCCAAGAGUGGACUCCCGGAGAGGAAACGGGAGUGGCAACGGACAAUGGCCUAGACCACUGUCUCUACAAGGUAGCGGUGGGCUUCAGCACAGAAAUCUUUGGUACCUUCCGUCAGACCGUUGUUUUUGACUUCGGCUCAGAGCCUGUGCUGAUGAAGCGGAUCAUGGUGGAUGCUGCCUCAAUUGAAGACUUGGAACACCUGAUGGCAGCAAGACAGCAGCUCUUGAUCACUUCAAAGCGCUGGGACUCUUCUUGUAAGACCAUCGUAGAAUUCUGUCCCAAUGAAACGAUGGCCGACCUGGAGCGCAGCCUCCUUUCUCGCUAUCAGAUCCCUCUGUCGGCGGAUCAGCUCUUUACUCAGUCGGUACUGGACAAGACUCUGACCAAAGAGAACUACAUGGCGCGGCUGCAUGACCUGCUCUACAUUGAAGAGAUUGCACAAUAUAAGGAAGUUAGCAAGUUUAACAUCAAAGUGAAUCUCCAGCUCGUCACCAGUUUCAUGCUGACAGGCAUCUCUGUUGGAGCCAAGUAUGCCCAGAAUGGACAGCUCUUUGCACGCUUCAAACUCACUGAAACACUUUCUGAGGACACAUUGGCUGGACGGCUAGUGAUGACCAAGGUGAAUUCAGUCCUGCUGCUGCCAAUUGGCCGUGAGGGGGUCAGCAGCCAUCCGCCUCCCGGGGUCAAAGAGCGUGUUUACGAGGCUGUGAUUGAGGAGAAGACCAAGGAUUACAUCUUCCUACGGAUCUGCAAGAACUGCUGUGAUGAGCUUGGGCUACUGCCUGACAGAGAAUUACAGGUGGAGCUCCAGUUCCAGCUGAACAGACUGCCACUCUGUGAGAUGCAUUAUGCUCUGGAUCGCACCAAAGAGAAUGGCAUCCUUUUCCCUGACAUCGCAAUGAUCCCCACCAUCCCCUGGAGCCCCAACAGCCCUGGAAGGAUGGAAAACAAGCAGUGGGACGAGCAGCUGGAUCCCCGUCUGAAUGCCAAGCAGAAAGAGGCCAUCCUGGCCAUCACCACACCGGUCACUAUUCCCCUGCCCCCAAUCCUCAUCAUUGGACCCUAUGGCACGGGCAAGACCUUCACGCUGGCGCAGGCGGUCAAGCACAUCCUGCGCCAGGACAGCAGCAGGGUCCUGAUCUGCACACACUCAAACAGUGCAGCGGACCUUUACAUUAAGGACUACCUUCAUCCUUAUGUGGAAGCAGGCAACGCGCAUGCCAGACCUCUCAGGGUGUACUUCAGGAACCGCUGGGUGAAGACGGUUCACCCAGUGGUCCAGCAGUACUGUCUCAUCUCCAACACACACGUCAAUUUCCGGAUGCCCUCAAAAGAUGACAUCCUUAGGCACCGUGUGGUGGUGGUCACCCUCAGCACCUCCCAAUACCUCUGCCAGCUUGACCUGGAGCCCGGGUUGUUCUCUCAUAUCCUUUUGGAUGAAGCGGCCCAGGCCAUGGAGUGCGAAACCAUCAUGCCUUUUGCUCUAGCAAGCAGUAGCACCCGCAUCGUGUUGGCCGGAGACCAUAUGCAGCUCAGUCCGUUUGUGUACAGCGAAUUUGCCCGUGAGCGUAACCUGCAUGUGUCGCUGCUGGACCGGCUGUAUGAGCACUACCCCGCUGAAUACCCGUGUCGCAUCCUCCUCUGCGAGAACUACCGCUCUCACGAAGCUAUCAUCAGCUACACGUCAGAAUUGUUUUACGAUGGGAAGUUGAUGGCAAGUGGGAAGCAGCCCUCCCACAAGGACUUCUACCCUCUGACCUUCUUCACCGCCAGAGGAGAAGAUGUCCAGGAGAAGAACAGCACCGCCUACUACAACAAUGCAGAGGUCUUUGAGAUUGUGGAGAGGGUGGAAGAGUUGCGCAAAAAGUGGCCAGUGUCCUGGGGUAAGCUGGACGACACCAGCAUUGGAGUGGUGUCGCCGUACGCUGACCAGGUCUUCCGCAUUCGUGCCGAGCUCCGAAAGAAGAGAAUGCAUGAGAUCAGCGUGGAGAGAGUGCUCAAUGUCCAAGGUAAACAGUUCCGGGUGCUGUUCCUCAGCACGGUGCGGACGCGGCACACCUGCAAACACAAGCAGACGGCCAUCAAACGUAAAGAGCAGCUCUUUGAGGACUCGACGGAGGACCUCGACUAUGGAUUCCUCUCCAACUACAAGCUACUCAACACGGCCAUCACCAGAGCCCAGUCUCUGGUUGCAGUUGUGGGAGACCCCAUUGCACUGUGCUCUGUUGGACGUUGCAGAAAGUUCUGGGAGCACUUUAUCUCCAUCUGCUACCAAAACUCAAGCCUCCAUGGCAUCACCUUUGAGCAGAUCAAGUCUCAGCUGGAGGCCCUGGAGCUCAAGAAGACCUACGUCCUCAACCCAUUGGCCCCAGAGUUCAUCCCCCGUGCCCUCAGGCCGAUGCUAGGGCACCACUCUUCAUCGCAGGCCCUCCACCACCAUCAUCCACAUCCUCAGCAUGUACAGCCCGCCUCCAACAAGCAGGGUUCGCAGCAGCAACAACAACAACAGCAACAACAACAACAACAACAGCAGCAACAACAACAGCAGCAACAGCAGCAGUCGCCCCCUAAGGGGAAACAUGCAAACCACACAGAUCAUCUUCCACCUGAAGGAUAUGUCCAACCCAACCCAGCUGUGUUGAUGGGAAACCCUAUUCGGGCAUUCUCACCACCCUUGGGUGGCACGCCAGCUGGCAUGGGCAAGUCACCCAGCCCUGUUCAAAGGAUAGAUCCUCACACCGGCGCCAGCAUCCUCUACGUCCCAGCUGUGUACGGUGGCAACAUGGUCAUGUCCAUGCCCCUGUCUUUGCCAUGGCCAGGUUACCAAAAUCGAUUCCCUGUGGACCCUCGCAUCAUGAACCACCCGGCAGCCAUGGCCUACAACUUUAAUCUGUUGCAGGCCCAGAAUCGAAGCUCCCCCAUCCCGUACAGUGGGGUGGCCCACCCCUCUCAUCUAGGAAUGGGCCAGCCCAGCCCCGACAAGGAGCUACAAACUGACCCCAUCAGAAAUGGCAAAUUAGAAGGAUGUCCAAAGUCAGAACAGAGCCGUCUUCAGACACCAGAGAGGAAAACCAUCGACGUGAAGGAAAAGCAGGGUGAUCUAGACACGGGCCGAAGCCGAAGUCUCGACUCGCAGCAAGACGGGCUUGUUGGAUUUCCCAAUGCGCUGCUCCAACGAAAAGAUCCCUCAGCUGCCCAAAGACCCCUCAACUACCACCUGGCACCACCCAACCCAGCUUUCCCUCCACAUCCUGCCAGUGGCAGAGCCUUCCCCCCACCGUUUCCGAUCUCCAGGCUUCCUUAUCGGGUCAGCCAGCCUCAACACCCAGGGAUGCCCCCACCAAGUCAACAGCAGCAACAGCUCAGCCCUGCCUACACUGGUGGUAGCCACAACGCUUCCUUCUUCAUCGGCCCCAUGCCCCCCAACAGAGCGGUCCAGUCUCCCACUUUGGAUGGGCCGGAGCCUGGCGGGUUGGAAGAGAUGAGUAGCUCCGCCAGGACUCCAAUGGGCCACCCAGGGGGCCACCACCCUGUCCUGUCACAGCAGAACAGGGUCAACAGCUUUGGGGAGGAUGGACAAGAUGGAAGUCUGGGAGAUAAUCUGGAUCUCCAGGGUCCUUUGGCUCUCGAGGCACUGAGCCAGCAGCAGGCCGCCAGACUGGGCCAGUGGGGGGAGGCCCCUGGCCCUUUCCUCCAGGGCAGCGUCCCCUUCCCUCUGCCCCAGCAGCUUGCCCACCUUGCUCAACCUGGCAUGGCUCGCUUCCCCCCUCAGCUGCUCCGGGCAGCGAGUUGGGGCCUUGGUGCCAACGUCGAGGAUGAAGCUGUUAUUUCUGCUUCCACUGGACCGCCUUUCACCAGGUACCCGGGCCUCUUGAGAGAGAUGCCCCCGCAGGAACAUCCCGAACCCAGGGAUGCAGCUGAGAUGCAGCCCCCACCUCAAUCUCGCCUCCUCCAGUAUCGCCAGUCCCGUACCUCAGGUGACCCUUCAUCCUCUUUAGCCGCCACCCCCAAUCAUGCUGGCCCUUUCCCAUCCGGACCAUACCCCCAUGACGCAGGCCGCGAUCUCCUUAACGACAACCCUCUCAAUAACCCAGCUCUGCAGCAGCAUCCGGGAAACCCCAUGUAUAACACUGGUAGCUACCCACUUCAGCCACCUACCAGCACCCCUUCCUCCCAGGUCAAAUACCUGCUGCAAGAGGCCCAGUGGCCUCAUGGUGGAGCUGCAUCAGUGAGCCCACCACAACAGAACCACCUGUUGGGGAACCAGGGCCACGGCCUUCCCUAUGGACUGCCCAUCAUGGCUCACCCAAGCAGGCAGGAGCAAGUCCACCUGAUGCAACUUCACCAUCAGCAGCAGCAACAACAACAGCAACAGCAGCAGCAGCAACAACAGCAGCCGCAACAACCCCUGCAGCAGCAGCAGCCCCUGCAGCAGCAGCAGCCCCUGCAGCAGCAGCAGCCCCUGCAGCAGCAACCACAACAACAGAGUCAAGGUCCAGACCAGGAGUCCUACCAUCCACUUUCCCCCAGAACAUCAGCAGCCACAGCCCUUCACAACGUAGACGAGUAUGAACCCAGAGGUCCCGGCCGGCCUCUCUAUCAGCGUCGCAUCUCUUCGAGCUACCCCGAUGAAUCGUCUCCAGCCAACGCCCACAAUGCCCUCUCCCAACAGACCCAGCCCUGUCCAUCAGACCUCCAGGACCACGUCCAGCACCAUCAGCACCCGCAUGCGCCCUACGGUUACCCAUCGCAUGACCUCUGGCCCAGUAACGGCGGGGGUCCCGGCGCGUUCCAGAACAUUCCAUGUAAAGGAGCCGGUACACUCACGCAGCACCGGGAGCUUCUGGCUUCCAAGGCCCUCCGUCAGACAGAGGAGCAGGUGAAGGCCGAGGUCACAGCAGCACCGCAGACGCAUCCACACUCCCUCAACUCCCUUCAGCAUCUUGGACAGUUUCCUCCUCUCAUGCCCAAUAACAAGCAGCAGCACCAACAACAACAGCAGCAGCAGCAGCAGCAACAACAACAACAGCAGCAGCAGCAGCCACCUCCGCCGCCGCCGCCACCACCACCCCCCCCGCCGCAGGCUCCCGCAGAGGCCAGUCAGGGGGCUGCAAAUUUGAGCAAACCGCCGACCAUGUCCUAUGCCAGCGCCCUGCGCGCUCCACCCAAACCCCGAGCUGUUCGCCCCGAGCAGGUCAAAAAGAACAGCGACCCUCUCUCCCUCUUACAAGAGCUGAGUAUAGGAAGUUCAAAUGGUAGCAAUGGGUACUAUUCCUACUUUAAAUGAGUGUCACCCCUCCCGCAUAUAAGUAAGUGAUUAAAUAUAAAACUACAAAAAAAAAGGUAAAACGCUUUCUAAAAACACACAAAAAAAUAUAUAUAUAGUGCAAAGUGCAUUUACAAAUUGUUUCUAUGAGUAGGUUUGUUUUCUGCAUUUUGUUUCAUUUUAACUUUUUAUUUGUAACAGUCACCUUUUCUCCCGUUUCACAUAUCCGUGAAGAAAAUAAGUAUAUAUAAUGAAUGCAUUACUGGUAUAUAUACAUACUCAUUAUGUAUAUAUGAAUAUAUACUUAUAUUAUCUACACUUGUAUAUGUACGUAAUGCUAUAAAAAACAAAAGUUAUAAAAAAAAUCUAAAAAAAUAAAAUAAAAAAAUUGUUUGGUUGACCACUUGGCUACCUGCAUAUUUCCCCUAAUUGAAGUUGGUUUUGUUGGUUACUAAAUACGUAUGUUGAAGUUUUUAUCAUUUUGUAUUCUUCAGUUUUGAGUGGACGUUACGUCUUGAUUUUUCAUAUUACUGUAGUCGUGGUAACGGACAACAGCUAAGUGGUCAACUGACACAGAAACUACAUGGAACAGUGUAUAGAAGUAGAUCAAAUUUCCUCUAAUCUGUAAAUAUAAAGAAAAUAAAAGACUGAAUUGUAUGCCACAGACAUGUCCUUAAAUUCCUGUAUCAUGCUAGCUUUUGCAUUAUGAAAUAUUUUAUGUUUGCUGGUUUCUGAUCCUUAAUUCUUAGACAUCCUGGGAAUUAUUCUUGAUCAGGUAGUAAAUGGGAUUAUUUACUAAAAUAACGUUACAAAUAUUGAUUGCUUAUUUUACUUUUCACCGAUUUCUCACGAGCAACAAAAGACGGUGUGAAAAUGUCAAAGUAUUGCAACCAUGUCAUUCCUCCUGUGUCGGUGUUAAGGAUCAGAGAACAGACGUCACGGUCGACGACGCGGUUUCCCCCCACGCUCAGUCUAUUUACUUUAUUUGAUUGUGUUUCUUUUCUUUCAGUCGGCAAACAUCUUCAACACAGAAAUUGUUUUAAUUGUCUGAGGAUAUGAAAUGAGUUAUUUUGUCACUAAUUGCUAUUGAGCUUCUUUUUUUUUGGAAAAGGUUGCAGUACUCUGAAGGUUUGUGAAAGUGAGGCGAGAGUGGUGAGGUCAGUGAUGUGUCAUGAGGGGUAAGUGGAAACUGAGGGUGUGAUCAACACUGCCUGUCGGAUGUUUUUGAACACGCUAAAUGUAAACAAUUUUGGGGGGUUAAAUCUGAAGUAUAUUGAAACUGGAUUCGUAGUAAAUACACAUUAAUAAUACACCAGUGUCUUUUUAUAUUUAAAUUGGAUAGGGACUAAGCAGCAUGCUGUAUGUUUGGACCCUAGAUGCUGUCUAAGCUCUUAACAUACUGUGUCGAGAUACCUUUUCAUGCCGUAAACCACAUUGCCCAAAGACAAUUUGGCAUUUUCUCAAUGAAAAUCGUCUAAUCUCUUAAUAUUAUGACUCAUUUAAAAGAUGAUAAUCAGAAACCUCACACAAAAGGUGGUAUUUGCUCCCAGUUCCAACAAAAGCAUUGACCAGUAAAGUACAAGACCAAAUAAUUUCCCUAAUUUUUUUCCUGAUUUCAUGUUAUUUAAAGGGAACGGAUUCCUCCUGCGUUUCAACACCGCUUGAGAUUUAACCUCCCGAAAAUUGCACCGUACAAAUAUCCAAAAAAAUUGUUCAAAGAUGUGUGACUGUUAAUGUGUAGUUUAUGACGUGCGCACGCUGCUACUGGUCAUCCAGACGAUUCCAUGGCUCUCCCGUUUCAGUCCCGUCUGAUUGAUAAGCUCACGUUAAAGCGGUAGAUUAAUCUCCUUCCCCCUUUUUAAUUGACUUGGAAAAAGCUCCGACUGCGCUUCACAUAAGCAACGUCAACGUCGCUUUCCUCACGCACGACGACGCGAUGAGCGCGUGAACGUCCGCGUUGGAGGUCAGCGAGUUGCUCAUCGUCACGCAGACGCACACGGAUCCUCACGCGUGAACUUCACCGCGAUCGUCGCGACGCCUCGGUGAUCGGAAGUACCGUGCGAGAAAAAUAUGAAAAGAUGCCGAUGUUAUAUCUGCCAAGGAAAGCAAUACUGGAAAAACAGUCAUCCAGUGCUCAGUCCCGUUUAUGUGUCAUUAAUUUUAAUUGUUAAAACACCACUGCCCCAUUUUCAAAUUCCAACUGUCACGCGGCCGCUGGACCGUUAAAUCUUUCCCGACGUCACGUCCCCAGAGAGCCGGCGCCCCACCGCUAAGAACGUACGCGUGGUUUUUAAGUCAGCGGAGAGCUUCGCGGUUUUAUUUGUGCGCUUUAAAGUUUCGACAUUGUAAUUCAAAGGUCCAGAUUUUCUGACUCGGCGGAGAACAACACAUACUUGUAAAUAUGCAUUUUCUAGGUAUUUACAAACAAGAACUUUGGGAUUUCCUCAAUUUUGUAGGAGCUGUUCAAAGAAGAGGUCUGCCCUUUUUAAUUAUGCAAAUUCACACAAAAAUAAUAAUUCUAAAAAUGGACAACAACCUAGUUGGUAGUUGCAACAUCUUGUUGACAACUUUGUAGAUUGUUUUUGUUUUCUUUUACUUAAGAUGGUGUCUGGCUGAUUUGACAAAGAGGAGAUCUUCUGUUGCAGCUGUUAUAAGAUGACUUAUUUCAACUGUACAAUACAUAUUUUUAAGUAUGUUGCUGGAUUUGUCCUGUUCUGUUAUCUCACCGCUGUACAACAAUCAUCAUUGUUUUUUUUUUAAUGUGGUCUUUUUUUUCUUUUCAUGCAUGUUGAGAUGACCUGGCUGGUUUGUAUCCCUGUUUUUAUCAGUUUGUAUUGAUUUGUGGAUGAAAAUAACGAAAAAAACACACAAAAAUAAGCUUUUGUUCAACCUAAAGAAUCAAAUUUUGGUAUAUUAUUUGAUGUGUACAAUAACUUGUGACAUUAUCAACAAAACUAUUAUAAUAUUUUACUAACAUGUCAAUCCAAUAUGUAAUGGUUAUGUAAGUUCUUUUUUUCUGCAGUUAGCGGGUCUGAGGCUGAGGUUGCUCCCUGUGUGCGUUACCGUGGGGAUAAUCUCUCCCCAAAGCAGUAGUUGGCUAAUCUCUAUAGUAGCGCAAUACUAAUGUCACCGCUUCUUCACUUUUUAUUUAUUUUUGAGGCAGAACAGAUUGAGCCAAAGACAUUUUAAAGGGAUUUUAUUUACAAAUCUUUGUCGUUUUUAUGGCUUCAUUUUUUCCUUUUUUUAUUUUUCUUUUUUUAUUAGUUUCGACAGGAUCUUUUCUAUGAAAUAAAGGGUCUUCACUCGGUAAUGAAGUCCCACCUCCUAACAUUGCACCAUAUAUCAUCUUAUAUCUUAUUAUGUUUGCUUUUUAAAGAAAACCAAGCGAAACCAACGUGUGUGUGUGUGUGUGUGUCGCACGUAGAGGGAGCAGCCUUGUGCCCAGCCAGUAGAGAUCUGUGUUCAGCCUUCUAUAAAUGCCACAUCUCUUCCUGUUCUCUGUUCGCUCUCCUCUGUUCGCUGCAGUGAAUCAAUGGCACACCUGUUCCCCAGCCUCCCGUUCCCACUAGUCCCUCCCUCGUGGGUACAAAAAUAAUGAAUAGAUCUGUUUUACUCUUCUUCAUUUCAAUUGGUGGUGGUUAUAAUAAAGGAUUUAGACUGUGUUUCAAAAGUUUAUUUUCUUUUUUUAUUUGUUUCUCUAUUAAAGUGUUUUUAUUGAAACUG